AUAAAAGCACCUGGAGCUGAAAUGAAGGAUAUUCAGUCAUGAUGGCUUCUUUCUGGCAUUGUGUGCUCGUUUCCUGCCUGCUGGUUGUCAGUUCAGUGGUUGCUGACAUGAAGCUGGACUGCAGGUCUGACCACCUGAACCUGGUGUGGACAGAUGGCACGUCUCAGACUGAUUUUUCAUUGUUUCGGCUCGGUAGCUGUUUCCCCACCAGCUUUACAAUGAAGGAGGUGAUCUUCAAUGUGGAAUUUGGCGACUGUAGCUUCAAGAAACUGGUUACUGGAAAUGAGCUGAUCUACACCAACGACCUGAUCUACACAUCCUCCCCUGACUCUAAUGUACCUCCCUUCAGCCUUCCAGUUGUCUGCUCAUUUGAAAGGCCCAAAGACUGGUACCCAAUGAUUUAUGACCCAGUGUUUUCCACUUACGGAGUGGAAGACUUGGUUUUUCGUCUUGCCCUCAUGAAUGAUGACUUUUCAGGCCCUGCCAAGUCUACAAACUUCCCUCUGGGCUCCAUGAUCCCCAUCAUGGCCAGUGUGGAGCAGGUGGCCCAUCAGCCUUUGCUGUUGCUGCUUGAAGAAUGUGUUGCUGCCACCACUGCAGACCUGCAGUCUGGCUCUGACUUGUAUCCUAUCAUCACCAACAAGGGGUGUCUUGUGGAUAGUAAGAUUUCACGGUCAACAUUUGAACCAAGAGAGAAAUCCUCUGAGCUCAUGCUCCUACUUCAGGCGUUUAGGUUUGCUUUGGGACAAGAGGUAUAUAUCCAUUGCAGCCUCCUCGCUUGGGAUCCACUUGAUCUUGACACCACCAAGAAGGCCUGCCACUAUGUGAAGGAUCAUGGAUGGGAGUUGCUGGACAAUCCUGUGUACAGUGGCCUGUGUGACUGCUGUGACUCCACUUGCAAGACUAGGAAGACCAGAAGCCUAGAAUCUGGUAAGACUGGUUUGGUUCAAAAAGCUGUCCUUGGACCACUCACGAUCACCGACUCAACCCUCUGAGGUUCAGUGGAAACAUGAUUUGCAGAAUGCCUUUAACCUGACUUGAACUUUUUAAGACCAAGUUAAUAAAAAAGCCAACUUAAAGC